AGCGUUAUAAUCAUCAUCAUCAUCACCAUCACCGUUUUCGUCAUCGUUAUCAUCAUCGCCGUCAUCAUCAUCGUCAUGGCAGCUAGAGGAUUGUCGGUUACCGCACGGCAGCCGGAUUUGUAACCCCGCGGCUUGUCGGACUUAUCACACGGUCAAAGGCAAUACAUCAAUGGCCCUAGAAUCAAAUGGCAACAACGUGGUGUGGUUGAACACAACCCGUCCUGAUCAAAUACAGCAGAGUCAACCAAUUGAACAGCCAUUGAAGUGUUCCAUGUUUACUCAAACGGAGCAAACUAAUAGUUUCACCCAAACGGAGCAGAGUAAUUCAAGUUACGGUGACCAGAGACAGCAACCAGCAAUGUUUGAUCCGCAACAGAUCCAACAGCAGCAGGCUGCUGCUCAGGGACAGCAAUCCCAACAACAGCAGACCCAGCAGAUGUACGUUACAUCAGACAAGAAGGAGGACAAGUCUCAGCAGCAGCAACAGUCCACCACUGCUGAGUUCCCCUCUUCUUUCUACUACAACGUCAACAUGUUGCAGAAAGUACAGACAAAUGCGGUGAGCACAAUUAGUGCGAUCACCGAUGACAAGGGUUGUUACCGUUUCGAUGUGCAACCUGUCGGUUAUAAUACAUUACUGAAUCAGAUGAGCAUCGCUGCUGCCACCAAUGCGACCUUCAAGUGCGACAUUUGCGGUCUGGUGUUCGGCCACGUCAGUCUGCUUCAGCAUCACAAGCGGAUUCAUAGUACAACGCCCAGCAAUCUGCAGCAACAGCCGCAACAGAUUGUGGUGCAAACGCCGACAACUGUAACCGUUGCUACCACACCGGAAAGGCCGUAUACCUGUGACGUUUGUGGCGCUUGUUUCGCAUUACCGGGGGAACUGAAGAGUCACAAGACCAAUAUGCAUCAAAAACCUAAGGUGCAAAUCUGUGAGGAUUGUGGCAGUGAAGACCCUUGCGAACAUCAUCCGACUAAAGUUAAAAAGACCAUUAAACCUGGUCAUCAUCCUGUGAAACGGAGGGGUGUCACUAGCGUCACCAAAUGUCAUAAAUGCAACGGCACGGGAAUAAUUUUUAUUGGUAAACACGACGAAAAACUAGAUUCCGGAAUCAGUUCCCUUGCAAAAUGUGGCGGCUGCAAGGCUACAGGCCGCAUCAUCAUAGGAAGUGGCAAGCAAAACAGUCAGAAUCAGACGGAAAAGCCAUUUCAUUGUAAUGUAUGUGACGGCACGUUUUCUCGAUAUUCGUCUCUCUGGUCCCACAAAAGACUUCAUUCGGGAGAUAAGCCAUUCAAAUGCGAAGUUUGCGGCUUGGCAUUCGCGAAAGCCGCCUAUUUGAAAAAUCAUGGACGAGUCCAUACCGGCGAGAAACCCUUUAAGUGUAGUGUUUGCGGUAUGCAGUUUUCGCAAAGUCCGCACUUAAAAAAUCACGAGCGCAUCCAUUCCGGCGAACGACCUUAUCAGUGCGAGGUCUGCGAGAAAACUUUCGCGAGACACUCAACGUUGUGGAAUCACAGAAGAAUUCACACCGGCGAGAAACCGUACAGAUGUAAUAUCUGCGGUUCGGCUUUCAAUCAAGCUACGCAUCUCAAGAAUCAUGCGAAAGUUCAUACCGGUGAAAAGCCACACAGAUGUGAUAUAUGCGAGAUCGGUUUCUCCGAUCGUUUUGCGCUCAAGCGUCACCGUGCGAUUCACGAGAAGUACGGUCAGACAGCACGGAGUCAGAACGCAAACAAUCCAGCUAACGCACAGCAAGCCAACGCGAGCAGUCAACCGCAGCCGCAGCAGCAGCAGCAGCAGCCGCAACAGGCGCAACAGGGUCAGGUCGUGGUUGUGAACGCGACUACUCCUGUGACCGUUAGCCAGGGACAAGGCCAAGUAAUGCUUGACGAAGUCUACAAGUGUCAGGUGGCCUUCCCAGAGCCUAAAUGAUUCAGCUAGAGAAUACCUUUCAGAAACUGGUAAAGAGGUUAACUUUUUUUAACCUUUAAAAAAAAAAACAAACAAACAAACAAAUAUUUACAAUGAAAAGCGGGAUUCACGGAUGGAUGUAUGAUAUAAGGAAUGAUAAAAAGACUCACACUCUGAUGAGAGCCAAGUGAGAAUCCGACGUAAAGUGACCCGAGAGAGAGUUGCAUCUCUUUUUUUUUCGCGUGCGACCGCUCGGAUGCUGUGAAUGAAUUAUUACUUGGACUGUCGGUAGUUUGAAUUUAGAUAUGCAUAAAAAUUUAAGGGAAACAAAAGAAAUAAAAGAUAGUCGGAAAGACACUUUGUGACGUUGCGCGAGUGAGGAAACAGUUUUGUGAAUUAUGUUCUUGGAAGAAUUCGGUUCCGUAUAAGAUAUAAUUGGACGUUUCGAAAAGAUCGCCAAAAAAUCAACGAAAUCUUUUUGCAAAAAAAACCUGUAAUUGAAAUACAUUUGUCUUUAAUUUCAAUAUCCAAAAGACGAGAGGGAAUAAAAUUAUAUUGCACAGCAUUAUUUUGUGUGCGCAUUAUACAUUUCUUUUUUUUUUUUUUUUUUUUUUUUUUUUUUUUUUUUUUUUUUUUUCUUUUUUUCUUUUUUUUUUCAAAAGAAAUACAAGGAAAUGUGUUUGCAUGUAUAAUUCUUUCUUGAAUAUUGCGUAAUGAUCGUUGAUACUGGCAAAUUUCACAAAGAAGAGCGUAAGAACACGAAAUUAAACGAACGUCUUGCCAGCAUUUCAUGACACUUCAUGAACGGCGUUGUGCAAUAGUUACGACAUUAAUUCUGCGAUAGAUCGAGUGUACUGAGAACGAUUGUAAUAAGCGCAAUUGCGGCAGCGUUUAUUACGGCAACAUAAGAAGCGUAGGUAUGAGGUAUCGUGGAGUUUUUUUCUUUUGUUUUUUUUCCAGCGAAUUUUGAAAUAUAAGUGACAAGGACAAGCAAAAGAAGAAAGAACAAAUUAUGUUCAUAUGCAACGCUCGAACCUCGGCCCUUCUGAUUUUCACAAUAUAGUUUAAUUUUAUAUUUAAGAUUGUCACUGAAGUCUUCGUAUGAUUUUCAAGAGGAAGAUAACACUCAACCUAAAACGCAAGAAUUUUUGAAUGGCGCCUUGCGUAUUUUGCGGAAUAACGUGGCACGGAACGACAUCGCGAUUUGUGCGAGCUUUCUUCCGUCCAGUCAUUCGGGAUAAGGAAAAGCAUCGCAAUUACCGAAAUGUUGACAACGACCAUGAAUAAAAAAAA